CUCGUGGAGACAGAGCCGAACCUCGAGCUCGACGUGCCCAUGACGAUACCGUAUCGUAUUCCCGAUAUCUUCGACGGUUGGCGUUGGAAGACAAGUCGGAACCCGCAUUAUGAGGAGGCGAAGGCAGAGUCCUUGGCGUGGUUUAGGUCUUUUGAAGAUUUCUACAAGGAGAACGAGGAUAGCAUCGAGGGAUGUGACGGGAGUAAGUCGGCGUUGCGCUGCUGUGGCGAUGUUAACACUCUGCUUUUCGUCGUGGACGACAUUCUGGAUUACGAGAGUGAUGAUGUUGUCAAGGAUAGGAUGCGGAUCAUCCUCAGCGCUCUGAAGAACCCACACACCCCUCGGCCUCCUGGAGAGUGGGUCGUGGGAGAGAUGACUCGUCAAUUCUGGGAGCGAACCAUCGAGGUCGCAAGCCCGCUCUGCCAAAGACGGUUCGUCUCCGGCGUGAAGGAUUGUAUGGUCGCAAUGGCUCUUGAAUCCGAUGCUCGCAAGACGUCGUCUGCCCAUAGCAGUAUCAGUUCAUUCCUGAAGACGCGGAGGGACAGUGCGGGCUGUGCCCUGGUAUUCGCACUCAUGGAGCUUGAAAUCGCCCUACCCGACGAGGCCUUCUACCAUCCGUACGUCCGAGACCUGAUCGUGACAAUACAGGAUAUUAGUGUCAUGGCGAAUGACGUGUUCUCCUAUCGCCGGGAACAAGCACGUGGCCGCACCGAAGACAAUAUCAUCACGGUCGUGAUGGAUAUUUACGACUUGGACGUCAACGGGGCGAUUGAUUGGGUGGAGAAACGUCACAAGGAGCUCGAGAAGGAGUUCAUCGAGAAGUACGACAAGGUGCCCAAGUUUGGCGAGCCGGUCGAUUCGCAGGUGGCUAAAUAUAUUGAGGGUUUGGCGAAUUGGGUCUGGGCCAAUGCGAGAUGGAGUUUUGAGUGCGGACGGUAUUUUGGGGGAGAAGGGUUGGAAAUCAUGGAGAAGACGAAGUGGGUGGGCCCUGUGCCCAAGCUGCGAGCCUGAUUGCGUGGACAUGAAUUAUGGACAGUUCGUGGGUUUCUGGAUAUCCA